AAAGCCACGCGCGCGAACCGGACGCAGUGUUUACAAAUUGCUGAGCAUUUUCAACAUCUUCUCCGGAGCUGUCACUAGGCACGCACGCUGCCUCACAAAUGGCCGUAAUAAAUCAAUGGUAAAGCCUUGAUGCAAAAUCCAGCCAUGGUGGCAUCCUACCUUCGUCCACCAUGUCUAACAUCACUAGCUGCGUCGAUUGUGGCCCGAAGCCUUACCUAUGAAGAUUAUGUGGAAUGCACACACUAUAGAUGGGAUCCUGUUAUGAUAUGGCAGUUUGAACUUCCUCAGCGGAAGAAGAAAAACAAAAGGUGCACAGAACGCAGUCAGAUUUUUAGCCUGAACGAUGUUUCAGUCCCAGUGCCACAGCCACCUUGGAAAGAAAUGCGGAAAUUUCGAGACUGGUGGUGGAACACGAACCUUUUAGGCAGUUUAGACUCCUCCCUCCGCAACCACAUUGUCGAUGCCUUUGAGCAGCUUAGUUGGACAUCGAAUACGGAGGAGGAAUACGUACUCUUCCUGUUACUACGGCUCUCUGUCGACACAAGUAUUGAGCUCGGGGCGGAUCGGUUCGACAUCCCAAGUGAGUGGUGUUCUGACCUGGCUCAAGUUAUUACACACCUGGGUCCAUAUCCCCUUCAAAAACUGUGCGUGUUCCAUGACGCUCUUGGCCUCAAGCCUGUUCUUACUUCGCUCAUCCAACAGUCACCUUACUUACAGAUUUUGAAGGUAAACCAGUGGGCUGUUAGCAACGAUGUAAUGAUGGCCCUCGGAAACAGCUGCAACCUCCUAACAGAAUUUGUCAUCCCUUGCAUGCAGCCGCAAGUUUUCAUGAGUGACGAGUCCCUCUUUUCCUGUUUCUUCAAUGGAAUGACAAGAGAGGAGGUGCUGAAGUGUUGGGCUCAGGGUAAAAAGCCGACCUUGUCUUUCAAGCAUCUGAGAUAUAUAGAUAUACUUUAUUGGAAGCAGACAGAGAGGUUCAUUCAGAUGAUUAGUGUGUUUUAUCCCAACGUGCGCUUGUGUGGCAUUGAUGAUUACACGGUGGAGGAGGAGAACUUGGAUCUUGCCCACCCUUUCUUAGAAGUAGGGGCCAAGGUUACAGCUCUGAGGAUAAGCUGUAGGACCAAAAAUAUCCUUAGUGAAAGACUGAAGUGUUUAGUUGACAACUCAUCCUUCUUGAGAGAACUCAGAAUACAUGUUGAUGACAACUUCGAUGGUGCGGACAAUGAGCAUGUGUUUGAAAAACGCCUUGAAGAAACGGGCGUCAAGUUAAAGAAACUGGUUAGUCAAAUGAAGUCCUUCGAUUCCUUAGCACUUCGCCCCCACGAUGGUGUGGACAUAACGAAAGCUGUGUUGCCAACUCUUCACUCGCACGGGAAUAUUCUCACAAGCUUGCACAUGUGUUAUGAAUAUGCUCUGCUGAAUACAAACACUCUCUAUCAGAUUAUAAAUUUGUGUCCAAAGCUGUAUAGACUCGCAAUCUCGUUAAGGUUUGGUGAGAUUGACGAGGCAUCAACAGCCUACAGAACAGUUCUUCACUCACAUACUAGUCUGCAUACCUUAGUAGUUCAAGACAUCUCAGUGGAGGAGGAGAGUAUUCAGGAGUCUGCUUUUGCCAAGGUCAUCAAUGAUUUGCUGAAAGCUGCCCCACAUAUUGAGAUGCUUGGAUUUUCAUGUCUUGUUGAGAAGGAGGAAGAAUUCGCACUCUUGACAUCAGCAUCCAUCAGGAAUUUACACCUGCAGUUUUGCUUCGAACUCGGCAGUCUCUCGUCCGUUCAGUUCUUCCUGCAUUCUCUUCUCCCGAACUUCCCCAACCUCAAGGUGCUAUCCAUAGAAAUCAAAGACGGAAUUUUCCAGCACGAGUCGUUCACCUACGUGUGCAAGACAGGUGUCCGGGUUACGAGAAAAAAGCCCCAGUUUUUCCAAAUACCCCGUUGGGAUACUUCAAACAUAUCACAAAAUACAUUUGCGCUUCUGGUGAUGUGAAAUGGCUUUCUUUUCUUUUUUUUUCUUUUUAAUUUCCCUGCUCUUUUCUCUCCUUACUCCCUCUGUCCCUUUCCCUCUCUCCUCUGUUCUCUUCUUUUCCAUCCUCUCCUCUCCUCUACUCU